AGAGCAAAUCUAGCAUCAAAAUUCAAAACGCACAGCCGUUUGCCGUUUAACAACUGCGGCCUCGUCCUCUUUCUUCACCGUCGUAUUUGGUGGUUUCAGCAGCUGCUUCUCUUCUCUUUCUCACCGGGAAGUGACAACAACGAGUCCUCCAUCACCCUUUCAAAGCCUCAAUAUGCUUUCAGGUUCAACUGCUGGGAGUCACUUGCAACAUAGAGCUACAAAUUUCCUCAAAAGACCAACUCUAGGUUUGAGAGGACAGAAGUUUCAAUUUUCUAGCGUGAGGUUCUGUCUAAAGUAUAAAGUUUCCUGCAAACUUGCUGAGUUGGGAAGUGAUUCAUGCUUGUCAAAGGAACUUGAAAAGAGUAAACCUCUGGUUAAGAUGUGCGGCAUUACAUCAGCUAAAGAUGCUGCUAUGGCGGCCGAAGCUGGUGCAAACUUUAUUGGAAUGAUUAUGUGGCCGAAUUCAAAACGUUCGGUUUCAUUUUCUGUUGCCAAGGAGAUAUCAAAAGUUGCAAGAGAUUAUGGAGCAGAGCCUGUGGGAGUAUUUGUGGAUGAUGAUGCAGAAACAAUAUUAAGAGUUUCUGAUGCCUCAAACCUUGAAUAUGUGCAGCUUCAUGGAUCUGGUUCUCGGAUAGCUUUCCCAUCUUUAAUUCAGGAAAAUCGGGUAAUAUAUGUUCUCCAUGCAAAUGAGGAUGGGAGCCUUUUAAACAUAAUUUCUGAUGAAGAGUGCUCUCUAGUUGAUUGGGUUCUUGUAGAUAGUGCCAAGGGUGGCAGUGGCAAAGCGUUCGAUUGGACGCAGUUUAAACUACCAAAAAUUAGAAGUAAGCAAGGUUGGCUCUUAGCAGGAGGGAUAAAUCCUGAGAAUGUUUCUGAGGCUAUAUCUACCCUCAAACCUGAAGGGGUGGAUGUAAGUACUGGCAUUUGUGCAUCAGAUGGCAUCCAAAAGGAUCAAUCAAGAAUAGCUUCCUUCAUGAACGCAGUGCAUUCUGUUCAGUAUUGAUUCACCAUAAAUUAUUAUGAAUCUCAAAUGUGACAUUAAAUUUCAUCCACAGCCACCCCCUGGUUCUUCCUGCACAUUAUUACUCCAGGCUGAUUUUAGAGUAAUUCUAUUGUCUCUAUACACAAUUAGUAAAAACUUAAAUUGUUAUGCCCCUUUCAAAUGGUCACAAGGUUUAAUAUCAUUUUGGACAGCUAAAAGUUUCACAAAAAUGGACAUCAUAUUGGCAUGCUGAGACAACUUAAGUAAUUAAGGUGCAUCUCGUCCAAUAGUUAACCAAGCAGAACAAAGCCAAUACAUUUACUGAACAAGGGUAAUCAUCAUCUUGAAAGCGUUCAGAUUUACUUUAAGCGUUAAAGUGUUUUUCACGUACAUCCCCAUCACACCAGCGGUGACUGAUGAUUCAUCGAGGACGGCACACCACCGAGUAUUAGGAGCUAACAUCCAUUUAGAGUGUUUUAUCUAUAAUUUAAUACCACUUGAAAGUGUGUGCAUGAAUUAAGCAUAUUUCAAUUAUGUUACUUCUAGUCCUGCUCUGGGGACUCCAAUAUUCCCUCUCCAUGUUCAAGUAUUUCAUGUACUUAUAUGUAAGUAGCCCAACUCACAUGUCUUGUGGAACCUUCAAAAUGAAAA